GCAGUUGCUGAUAGCAAACCAACGGUAACAGACGGUACUCUCACGAACAGGUGAAAAGUCUUCUUUAGAUACUUUUCUUGUGAGUACAUACUCUUCAAAAACCAGUCAGCGACUGUAAUAAACAUAAAAGGUCAACUUUUUCUUUUCGCUAUGGCAUCGUCUGCAAUGAUCACUGUACCCACCACCGCCUCCCGCUUCGCCCUGCUCCAGAUAGACUCGGAUUCGGAUUCGGACGCCUCCGAUGCGGGGAAGACCAUCACCAAAGGUGGACGGGACUCCUCCGGGAAGCCCCGACAAGGAAAGGCAGGAGCAGCUGGGGGGAAAGCUGCUCAUUGCAACGACAAGAAGAAAGACAAAAAAAAGAAGAAGAAGGAACAGCAGCAGACCGAGGCAAAUGAGUUACGUAAUCUGGCCUUCAAGAAGAUUCCUCAGAAGUCUUGUGCCCCACCUCCGUGUAUGACACUGUCAGGAAUAGCAGGUGAACUUCUCAGUCCUACAUCUGGGGACCACAACAUGCCUGCAGAGGGGUGGCAGCAGUGGAAGCAGAGGGAUGAGCAGAUGACCAGUGAGCUAUAUGAGGCCGACUUGGAAAAGGCUCUGAUUCUAAGUAAACUGGAGUUUGAACAAAAUAAACAGCACAACAACACAAACGCUUCCUCGCCAAAGUCACGAGGAGGAAAAGAGGGCGGAGGGAAAAAGGAAAAAAAGAAGAAUCAGCAGGCAAAAGACAAAAAGACAGUUUCACUGCAGGACUUCCAGGCUGAAGGCAGUGCAGAACAUUUGAGUAGGAAACAAGAAAAAGAGGACACCAGAGCGGCUAACGUGGCAUUGGCAGUCGGGCAGGAGGAGCGUUUUUUCAAUAAGCUCGAGGAUGACGUCAGUCGGAUUGUCCAACAGGAGAAGAGACGUGAGCAGUACUCCAACAGCCAGGGACAAGAAGUCAGCACGUCCACAGAACACGAACCGGACCCCCGAGCAGAGCAGCUGAAGUAUGAGCUGGAGAAGAAAGACCAGGAAAUCCUUAAGCUAAAGAAGACCAUCUCGCAGUGGGAGGUCAAAUACAAAGAGGUGAAAGCAAGAAAUUCCCAGCUGCUUAAGAUGCUCCAACAGGGAGAGAUGAAAGAUAAAGCAGAAAUCCUUCUACAUGUAGAAGAGCUACUACACAUAAAAGAAGAACUGUCCUCACAGGUAACGUUACUACACGCUGCCCUUGAACAAGAAAGGUCUAAAGUCAAAGGUCUGCAGUCAGAUCAACCAAAACAUCAGGGAAACAAGAAAGGGAAGAAAGGCUCGGAGACAGAUCUAUGAAGGUUUCAAAAGGAAAAGACCUUAAAAGCAAAAUUAAAUGAACAAAUGAAGAAAAACGCUACUGAUCACAAUCAGGGUUCUUUCUUUCUUUUUUGCUUUGACUCAUGUCAGCAUAUAAUGCAUGCCCCCGUAAUUACACACACACACACACACACACACAGGACACACUCCAGACAUAGCAGAAAGUAUUACACAGUUGAACAAGAAUACAGAAGCUUUUGAAAAUUAUUAAGUUUAAAGUUUGUGUUGAACUGGUGGCUUGGCACAGAGGGCUGCUCUCUGCAGGCUCAUCUAACUGUUGAGGGCCGUGUGCCUGAGCUGUCUGUGGGGUGUAUUGCUGAAAUGACAGAUGUGAAAUGUUUGUUUUUGUCACUGUUAAGUAAAUAAAAUACUUUUUCAGUGAAAAAA